AUGCCUUCCAAGACCAAAAAGUCGCUUGAGGCUCUCAUGGCCUACAUCAAGCAGUCGAAAAGUCGUCGCGCUACGAUUGUGCGUGGCCAAGGCGAGCCUGGUCACCGAGCUGCCCCGGCGCGUGGGGGAAACCAUGAUGCGAGAAUCGGAAGCCGCAUCGACGUUGGAGAAAUCAUCAAGAAAGCUGGCAAGGAAUAUCGACGGUACAAAUUCCAGCUCAAUUUGAAUGCGCAAGACUCCACUCUCAAGAAAAAGGCUGCCCAAGAUUCCCACAAGGUUUAUUCGACUGCAGAUCUGGAGAUUAAAGGGGAUAGGACCGAGGAGGAUGAAGAGCAGGCGAUGCGGGACUUCGAGGAGCAAUUGUCAAAGAACUUAAGAGAAUAG